AUGUCAAUUAGCAGUACACAUCCCAAAGAGCCUUCACUUGGACCAGACCUCGAAGGCAGAAGACACGAAAAGCCUCUUCACAACACGUUUCACGAAUUGUAUGUCAAUGAAUUUCAUCCAAUAUGGAAUGUUGCGUUCAUGGCCACCGGUAUUACAGCGUGCAUAUUGUACAAUUUUCCUUAUCCUGCGGAAUGGCUACGGAUAUGCGGUUACAUAAUGUGGGGAAUCUCAUUACUGCUUUUUUUCAUCGUGACCAUCCUCACACCCUGGAGACUUUGGAAAGAACCAGAUUGGCCGCUACUCACAGAUCCGAGCCUGAACGUGUUCCUCGGGCCUUACUCCAUGGGAUUCUCUACAAUAGUGAAUAUGGUGCAUUUCAUCUCACAGGAGCAUUGGCCUAUAGGAACGUUCGUACUAUGGUGGAUUAACGUUGCUUUGGCAGUGGUCAUAAGCUGGGCAGUCAUCUUCCAAUUAUUCGCGAAAUCAAAACUGGACUAUCACACUCUGCAGGCGUCUCUAAUACUGCCAGUUUUACCUCUGAGUGUGAGUGCCUCGUCUGGUGCUCUCAUAGUGUCUAAUCUUCCCAACGCUAGGUUGAAGCUGCUGACCAUCGUGGUGAGUUUUCUGCUUUGGUCCAUUGCCGUUUUCAUUGGUUCAUGCUUCAUUGGAAUCUUCUUCUGGAAGCUUUUGACGUCCAAGCUUCCACCCAAGCCCGCAAUUUUCUCGGUGUUUGCUCCCAUCGGACUCAUUGGCCACGCUUCCUGGGGUAUCCUACUGCAAGGUAUUAAUGCCAAUGAUUAUAUCGUGGAAUACACGGAUCUGGACCAGAAAGCUGUCAUUGGGAUGGUGUUGAAAAUUAUAUCUUUUCCCAUAGGAAUUUUCUUCCUCGGAUUCGGGUUCUUCCUUACCUUUCUGGCCUUCGCAGUUUGGUUCUACCAUGGAUGGGCGCCGUUCUCCAAGAGCUGGUGGCCCAUGCCGUUCCCUAUCGGUGCAAUGUCUCUGGGUCUCAGCGAGGUUUACAGAGCAUCUGGAAUGGAGUCCUUCAGAGUUCUGGGUGCCAUCUACGGAGUCACCUGUAUUAUUUUCGUGAUUUUGUCCUUGAUUGGCUCUGCUGUAUAUGAAUUCCCCAGACGCAAGAGAUUGAUGUGA